AUGGAAGUGAAUGGUGAACCAGAUAUAGCUGGUAUUUUCAGCGCGGCUUUAAUGCCAUUGAAAGAUAUGAAACAUGCAGAUAUUUUGGACCAGUAUGAAAUGAACAUGGCUGAUGGAAAUAUAACACCUGACGUUCUAGAACAUUUAUCUCAAAGAACUACACAGAACCAUAGAGAUGGUAUAUUUGGUGAAGAGUUUAGAAAGAAAGUUAGGGAGAUAGAAGGAAGAGAACCUAUUGUACAUGACCUUGCAAACGAAAGUUUACAAAAUGUCAUAAAAACUUACUUUGCAGACAAUGAACUGAGAAGGGAUGAAUAUUUAAGAAAACUCAAAUGGACAGUACCAAAUGAAAUGUUAGUAUUGAAAAACAUGUUCCUUGACAAAAUAAAACCAACUACAGAAAUAAAUGACGCAAGACUGAAACAUUGGGUAAAAGCUUUCCCAUUCACAAAAGAUAUUAUUGGUAACAUGGAAAGAAAACCAGAAUGGCUACAAAAACAUAUAUUUGGAAACGAGCAUAUUCCAUAUGGACAAGCUAUAUUUGAAGAGCUUGAACCGGAAACUCAGGAAAGAGUCAUGCAAACAAUACGCGAAGACUCAAAUACAAACUAUGACAAAAUCUUUCUAGGAUAUAGGUUACCUGAGAUGGGCGACCAGAGCCCAAAGGCAAAAAGGACAUGGGAAAUUUACAACAUACUAGGUGAACAUGAGGCAAAGAUGCAACAACUUGAAGCAGAGGGCAAGUUACCAAAAGCGACACCAAAGAAGAAGAGUAGAACAAAGUGA